AUGUGUGGCAUGAGAGCACACUGGCUGGAGACAUGGUUUUCUUUUUGUCUGCCAUUGCUGAUCGUUCUUCCUCCUGAAGAAAUCGCCGCUCAAAUACGAUAUUCCAUUCAGGAGGAAGUCAAAGCGGGCACUGCGGUUGGAAACCUGGCCAAGGACCUCGGACUGGAUGUCGGGAGGCUGCCGGACAGAAAUCUCCGUGUGGUGUCUGGAACAAAGCAGGACCAGUUUCAGGUAAAUCCGAGGGAUGGCGUUCUGUCUGUCCGGCAGAGAUUAGACCGAGAGGAGCUAUGCAGGAACACCGUGCCGUGCAUCACCAACCUCAAAGUGGUUGUGGAAAACCCUCUGGAGAUGCAUCAAGUCCUGGUGGAGGUACUCGAUGUGAAUGAUAACCCCCCCAGAUUCCUUGACGAGAACUGCACUUUGGAAGUGCUGGAAUCCGCUAUUGUUGGAUACAAACUCCAGCUGGAAGGCGCCCAAGAUUUAGAUGUUGGUUUGAAUUCUAUACAAACAUAUAGGCUGAACCACAACCCUUUUUUUCACCUGGAAAUGGAAGAUUUCGGCGAGGACGGGAAGGUGCCGGUCCUUGUCUUACAGCGACCUUUGGAUAGAGAAAACACUGCGCAACAUCACUUGAUAUUAACAGCUGUAGAUGGGGGUAAACCACCAAAAACAGGUACUAUAAAUAUCACUGUUAUUAUAUCUGAUGUAAAUGAUAACCCGCCAGUGUGCGACAAACUGAAAUAUUCCAUUAGUGUGAGAGAGAAUGCACCUUUAGGGACAUAUUUGCUGACAGUAAAUGCAUCCGACAGAGAUGAGGGGCUGAACGGAGAGAUUGAAUAUUCAUUACGGAGCAAACUAAGAGGACUCUUAACACUACCGUUUGACUUGAACAAAAGAACUGGCGAACUCAAAGUUAAAGGAGGGUUAGAUUUUGAGGAAAGACAAGUCUAUGAGAUGAAGGUCCUUGCAGCUGACAAAGGCGCGGUGUCACUUUCCACGCAAUGCAACGUGGUGGUCCGUGUCCAGGACGUGAACGACAACCGACCGGAAAUAGACAUCACAUCGCUGUCUAGUCGCAUACCAGAGGACGCCCCACUUGGUACAGUGGUGGCGCUAGUGGGGGUUAAUGAUCUGGACUCAGGUGUGAAUGGACAGGUGGUCUGCAGUGUGCCGGAGGACUUGCCGUUUGACCUCAAGUCAUCCCCUGAUGGACAAUCAUAUUCUCUCGUCACUAAGGAUUACUUGGAUAAGGAAAAGAUGCACCUGUAUGAUAUUAUAAUAACUGCCAAGGAUUUAGGGACGCCCCCUAUGUCAUCGAUCAAGGUGGUACAUGUAGACAUACUAGACGUUAAUGACAAUAGUCCUUUAUUCACUGAAAGCCCUUAUAGUUUUUAUGUGCUGGAAAAUAACAAAGCCGGAAAGUCUUUGUUUUCUGUGACCGCCAAAGAUGCUGACGGGGAAGAAAACGCAGCCGUGACUUACUCACUCCGACAAAAAAGUCCAUCUGUGACGUCAUUUCUAAAUAUAAAUGAGGUCACCGGGAUAAUUUCCGCGCUAAAAAGUUUUGACUAUGAGACGCUGAAAAGUUUCCAGUUCCAAGUAGUGGCCACAGACGGUGGAAAUCCUCCACUGAGCAGCAACGUGACAGUGAACGUGUUCAUUCUGGAUCGGAACGACAACGCUCCAGUCAUCCUGUAUCCAGUCAGCUCCAACGGUUCUGCUGAAGGUGUGGAGGAGAUUCCCCGCAAUAUGAAAGCAGGAGACUUGGUGACUAAAGUCAGAGCCUAUGAUGCUGAUAUAGGAUAUAACGGCUGGUUACUGUUUUCACUGCAGCAAGUCACUGACCACAGUCUCUUUACUUUGGACCGCUAUACGGGCCAGAUCAGAACACUUCGCUCAUUCACAGAGACGGACGAGGCAGAGCAUGGACUGCUCAUACUGGUCAAAGACAAUGGCAACGUUUCCCUGUCAGCAACAGCUACUGUGACUGUCAAACUUGUGGAGCCCAAAGAGGCUUUUGCAGCUUCUGAUGUCAAACGUGCAGCAGCAAAAGUGGACGAGGAGGACGACAAUGUGACUUUUUACCUCAUCGUCACUUUGGGCUCGGUCUCGCUGCUUUUUGUCAUCAGCAUCAUCGUGCUGAUCGCCAUGCAGUGCUCCAAAUCCACGGAGUACACUUCCAAAUAUCUCCAAGACGCUAACUAUGAUGGGACACUGUGUCACAGCAUCCAGUACAGAUCAGGAGACAAACGCUACAUGCUAGUUGGACCCAGAAUGAGUAUAGGUUCUACUAUAGUCCCGGGAAGCCACACCAACACUCUGGUGCUCCCUGACAGGAGACACACUUCUUCUGGGGAGCUUAACCAGAACAAUGGGGCUCUGUAUGUGGAGAAACAGAUAGACAGAGAGGAACUCUGUGAAGGGGCUAAAGUGUGUUUGAUAAAUCUGAAAAUAGUUGUUGAAAAUCCUCUGGAAAUCCAUUACGUUGCCGUGGAGAUCACGGACGUCAAUGAUCACCCAUCAAGCUUCCCAGAAGACAAGCAGAUUCUGGAAAUAGCAGAACAUAUACCACCAGGUACCCGUUUUCAAAUCCAUUCUGCUCGAGACCCUGAUGUUGGUACAAACUCUGUACAAUUUUAUAAACUGAGCUCAGUGGAUCUUUUUGACAUUGAAGUGAGGGACAAUGAAGAGGACAAGAUACCGUUUUUAGUCUUGAAAAAACCUUUGGACAGGGAGCAGAAAGCGGAGCACGAUUUAAUCUUAACUGCACUGGACGGAGGCAGUCCUCCGAAAUCUGGUAGUCUUAAUUUAAGCAUCAUUGUGAUUGAUGCGAAUGACAACAGGCCUGUGUUUAGUCAAGAUGUUUACAGUGUAGCACUUGAAGAAAAUGCUCCUAUUGGAACUCUUGUAGUGGGAUUAAACGCCACAGAUUUAGACGAAGGGUCUAACAGUGAAAUAGAAUAUUCACUUGGGAAAACACAAAAGAAGAAAGUGCACGACAGAUUUGAAUUAGACAGCAUUACUGGUGAGAUCAGAGUGAAAGGAGUGAUUGACUUUGAGGAUACUGAGAUCUACAGGUUAGAUGUACAAGCGUCAGAUAAAGGCCAACCACCCUGGACAUCCGAAGGUAGAGUUGUGAUAAAAAUAAAGGAUGUGAAUGACAACAAGCCAGAAAUGGAAGUGACGUCACUGCGUAACGUCGUCCCCGAAAAUUCAAAGCCUGGCACUGUCAUCUCUCUUAUUAGCAUCACAGAUAGAGACUCUGGAGUGAACGGGAAAGUUAUUUGUCGUAUCUUAGGAGACGUUCCGUUUGAUUUAACCCCGUCAAUCGAGGAGAAUAUGUACUCUCUUGUCACUAAGGCUUUUUUGGACAGGGAGAGCGUGAACAAUUAUGACAUCAAAAUAACAGCCAAUGACUGCGGCCAACCGCCACUCUCUACUAUGAUCACAUUAAAUGUCCAAGUAUCAGAUAUGAAUGAUAACAGACCGACAUUCAGCCACAAUCCGUAUGAACUGUACUUAAUAGAAAAUAACACUCCAGGUGCAACAAUAUUAUCUGUGAGUGCGGCUGAUAGUGAUCUAGAUGAAAAUGCAGCAGUUACUUACCACCUCGUGCGAGGGGAUGGGCUGCCUGGCGACAUUACGUCAUUACUCAACAUUCAUUCUGAAAAUGGACAAAUAUCAGGGUUAAAAAGUUUUGACUUUGAGACGCUGAAAAGUUUCCAGUUCCAAGUAGUUGCCACAGACGGUGGAAGUCCUCCACUCAGCAGCAACGUGACAGUGAACGUGUUCAUUCUGGAUCGGAACGACAACGCUCCGGUCAUCCUGUAUCCAGUCAGCUCCAACGGUUCUGCUGAAGGUGUGGAGGAGAUUCCCCGCAAUAUGAAAGCAGGAGACUUGGUGACUAAAGUCAGAGCCUAUGAUGCUGAUAUAGGAUAUAACGGCUGGUUACUGUUUUCACUGCAGCAAGUCACUGACCACAGUCUCUUUACUUUGGACCGCUAUACGGGCCAGAUCAGAACACUUCGCUCAUUCACAGAGACGGACGAGGCUGAGCAUGGACUGCUCAUACUGGUCAAAGACAAUGGCAACGUUUCCCUGUCAGCAACAGCUACUGUGACUGUCAAACUUGUGGAGCCCAAAGAGGCUUUUGCAGCUUCUGAUGUCAAACGUGCAGCAGCAAAAGUGGACGAGGAGGACGACAAUGUGACUUUUUACCUCAUCAUCACUUUGGGCUCGGUCUCGCUGCUUUUUGUCAUCAGCAUCAUCGUGCUGAUCGCCAUGCAGUGCUCCAAAUCCACAGAGUACACUUCCAAAUAUCUCCAAGACGCUAACUAUGAUGGGACACUGUGUCACAGCAUCCAGUACAGAUCAGGAGACAAACGCUACAUGCUAGUUGGACCCAGAAUGAGUAUAGGUUCUACUAUAGUCCCGGGCAGCCACGCCAACACUCUGGUGCUCCCUGACAGGAGACACACUUCUUCUGGGGAGGCUUGUCCCUGA